CCACAGAGAAAAUCCAAGAUAACAGCUUCUCGGAAAUUACAACUCAAGGCACUGAUGCUGCAGGUGGCAAAGCAGGAAAUGGAGAAAGAGGAAGACGAGCGGGCCCAGGAGAAGGAGCGAUACCUCUCGGAGCACUGCAUCCCCUUAGACCUGGCAGGACAUGGCCUCGCAGAGCUGCAGGAGAUGUGCCGACAGUUCCACACGCAGGUUGACAAGAUAGAUGAGGAACGCUACGACAUGGAGGCUCGGGUCAGCAAGAGCGUCAAUGAGAUCGAGGAUUUGACCCAGAAGAUCUUUGACCUGCGAGGGAAAUUUAAGCGUCCUGCCCUCCGCCGUGUCCGUCUCUCAGCUGACGCCAUGAUGCAGGCCCUCCUGGGCUCCAAACACAAGGUCUCCAUGGAUCUGCGGGCCAACCUCAAGCAGGUCAAGAAAGAUGACACCGAAAAGGAGAAUCGGGAAGUGGGUGACUGGCGGAAGAACAUCGAUGCUUUGAGCGGCAUGGAGGGACGCAAGAAGAAAUUUGAGGCCUCCACUGCAGGGCAAGCCUGA